AAGCGCGCCACUAUAAUCUCCGUCCAAAAAAUUCGAAACCAUAAAUUUCAGUGCAAGAAAGAUAAUCUAUUUUAAUUUCAGUGCAUCAAUAUUUUAAGGGUUUGUUGGGUACGAAAUUAUCUGACUAUGAUCGGAGUGAGGAGGCUGAUGGUGGCGGCGCUGGUGGCGCUGUGGCUGUGUACGGCGGCUGUGUGUGCGGAGUACAUGAAAUACAGAGACCCAAAACAGCCAUUGAAAGUGAGAAUCAAAGAUCUGAUUAGUAGAAUGACUCUAGAAGAAAAAAUUGGGCAGAUGACUCAGAUCGAGCGGAAGGUUGCAUCUGCAGAUGUUAUGAAGAAAUACUUUAUUGGGAGUGUUGUAAGUGGUGGAGGAAGUGUACCGGGCCCGAAAGCUCCCAUUGAGGCUUGGGUGAAUAUGGUGAAUGAAUUCCAAAAGGGCGCACUUUCAACUCGUCUGGGAAUACCUAUGAUUUACGGUAUUGAUGCUGUUCAUGGACAUAACAAUGUGUAUAAUGCCACCAUUUUCCCUCACAAUGUUGAUCCGGAUCUUGUUAAGAGGAUAGGUGCUGCAACUGCUCUUGAAGUGAGAGCAACAGGAAUUUCUUACACGUUUGCACCAUGUAUAGCGGUGUGCAGGGAUCCUAGGUGGGGCCGUUGUUAUGAAAGCUACAGCGAAGACCAUAAAAUUGUUCAGUCAAUGACAGAGCUCGUUCCUGGUCUACAAGGAGAUGUUCCUUCAAACUAUCCAACUAAUUACCCGUUUGUGGGUCGAAAGACUAAAGUUGCCGGUUGUGCAAAGCAUUUCGUGGGGGAUGGUGGCACGACUGACGGUAUAAACGAGAAUAACACAGUAAUAGACUGGAAUGGACUGCUAAAUCUUCAUAUGCCGGCUUAUCUGGACUCGAUCAGAAAGGGUGUUGCAACAGUAAUGGUGUCCUACUCGAGCUGGAAUGGCGUGAAGAUGCAUGCGAAUUACGAUCUCAUUACUGGCUACCUAAAGAAAACUCUCAAAUUCAAAGGAUUUGUGAUAUCUGAUAUGUGGGGCAUUGACCGAAUAACCACCCCAUCUCGUGCAAACUAUACGUAUUCUGUUCAAGCUGGUAUUCAUGCUGGGAUUGAUAUGGUAAUGGUCCCGGAGGAGUAUGUGGAGUUCAUCGAUGAUUUGACCUUACUCGUGAAGAAAAAAGUGAUUCCAAUGAGCAGGAUCAAUGAUGCAGUGAAGAGGAUUUUGAGGGUCAAAUUCAUCAUGGGCCUUUUCGAGAGCCCAUAUGCCGAUCUCAGCCUAGCCCAUCAUCUGGGAAGCCAGGAACACAGGGAAUUGGCUAGAGAAGCCGUUCGGAAGUCACUUGUGCUGCUAAAGAACGGUAAAGAAAGUGAUAGGCCAAUGAUACCUCUACCAAAAGCAGCACAAAAGGUGCUUGUGGCUGGGACUCAUGCAGAUGAUAUCGGCAAACAGUGUGGUGGUUGGACCAUCGAGUGGAAAGGGCUGAGUGGCGAUAUUACGAGUGGAACCACGAUUUUGACAGCAGUAAAAAAUGCAGUUGACCCCUCAACCGAAGUUACCCACCGUGAAAAUCCCGACAAAGAAUUUCUCACGGCCCACAACUUUACCUACGCCAUAGUUGCCGUAGGUGAACUUCCUUACGUUGAAACUUUUGGAGACAGCAAAACACUAACCAUAACCGAGCCCGGUUACAACACAAUAUCCACCGUAUGCGAACACAUUAAAUGUGUGGUUGUGAUUGUUUCGGGCCGGCCCGUUUUCAUCGAGCCUUAUCUAGAAAAGAUUGAUGCUUUAGUGGCUGCUUGGCUGCCAGGGACCGAAGGGCAAGGAAUGGCUGAUGUUUUGUUUGGGGAUUAUGGUUUUACGGGCCGACUGGCCCGAACGUGGUUUAGGACCGUUGAUCAGCUCCCGAUGAAUGUGGGGGAUUCGGGCUAUGAUCCUUUGUUUGGGUUUGGGUAUGGGCUUCUGACUAAUCCUAAGGUGGGCCUCACAAUGAGAGGGAGUGUGUUGAGUGGAGGAGGAAGUGUACCAGCUCCCAAAGCUUCAGCUGAGGAUUGGGUGAACAUGGUGAAUGACCUCCAAAAAGCCUCCCUUUCGACUCGACUAGGAAUCCCUAUGAUUUAUGGCAUUGAUGCUGUUCAUGGCCACAACAAUGUAGAUCCUGAUCUUUUGAAGAGAAUUGGAGCUGCAACUGCACUUGAAGUUAGAGCCACAGGAAUUCAAUAUGCUUUUGCACCUUGUAUUGCUGUGUGUAGGGAUCCGAGAUGGGGUCGUUGUUAUGAAAGUUAUAGUGAGGAUCACAAGAUUGUUCAACUCAUGACUGAGAUCAUACCUGGUUUACAGGGUGAAUCUAAAGCAGUCCGAAAGGGUGUUCCUUUUGUUGAACCCGGAAAGACAAAAGUCGCUGGUUGUGCGAAACAUUUUGUUGGGGACGGUGGAACGGUAAACGGGAUUGACGAAAACAAUACAAUGAUCAAUUAUAAAGGUUUGAUGAGCAUUCACAUGCCCGCGUACUUUAACGCGAUUAGUAAAGGUGUGGCCACUGUUAUGGUUUCGUAUUCAAGCUGGAACGGCAAAAAGAUGCACGCUAAUAAAGAACUCGUGACGGACUUCCUCAAGAACAAACUUAAAUUCAGGGGAUUUGUCAUAUCGGAUUGGCAAGGUAUCGACAGGAUCACGAGCCCACCGCAUGCGAAUUAUUCUUAUUCAGUUCAAGCAGGAAUUCUUGCAGGAAUUGAUAUGAUUAUGCUUCCUGAGAGCUUCACAGAAUUUAUCGAUGAACUGACGUUACAAGUGAAAAACAACAUCAUCCCCAUGAGCAGGAUAAAUGAUGCAGUUCAAAGAAUAUUAAGGGUCAAAUUCACCAUGGGUUUAUUUGAGAACCCUAUAGCUGAUCUCAGCCUAGCAGACAAACUCGGCAGCCAGGAACAUAGGGACUUGGCAAGGGAAGCUGUGAGAAAAUCUCUUGUCCUGUUGAAGAAUGGAAAAAAAGCUAAUCAGCCAUUGCUUCCACUUUCGAAAAAAGUGCCGAAAAUUUUAGUUGCUGGGACUCAUGCAGAUAACUUGGGUUACCAAUGUGGAGGCUGGACGAUCGAGUGGCAAGGUGUUCAGGGCAAUGAUCUCACAGUUGGCACCACAAUCUUAGCUGCUGUCAAAAGCACAGUCGACCCAUCCACUCAAGUCAUCUACUCGGAAAAUCCCGACCAGAAUUUCGUAAAAAACGGCGAAUUUUCCUACGCCAUUGUUGCAGUUGGCGAAGUCCCUUAUGCCGAGAUGUUUGGAGACAGUCAAAACCUCAGCAUAACUGAGCCCGGCCCAAGCACCAUCAAGAAUGUAUGUGGGCUUGUUAAGUGUGUUGUGGUUGUUGUUUCGGGCCGGCCCGUUGUGAUUGGGCCCUAUAUUGACCAGAUAGAUGGGCUUGUGGCUGCAUGGCUGCCAGGGACAGAAGGUCUGGGCCUGACAGAUGCCUUGUUUGGUGACUACGGGUUUACGGGAAAGCUUGCUAGGACUUGGUUCAAGUCUGUGGAUCAGUUGCCGAUGAAUGUGGGGGACCCGCAUUAUGACCCGCUUUUUGCGUUCGGGUUUGGGCUUACUACUAAAGCUGCAAUGGGAGGACUUGGGGCUAAUUUUGGACAUGAUGAGAAUUUUAUUAUUGUUACAAAG